GCCCAGAGAGAGAAAUAUCUGCCUCUCCUGAUUGUGAGGUAAGAGCGCCACCUCUAGGCCACCGCACCACUCUAGGAACAGUGACUGAAUGAACAAGGGUAAAUUGAAUGUAAUCUUGCUUAGAGGGAAAAGGGGGUGGAAAUCGCUCUCUGAAGGCGGCAGAUGGGGAGUGGUGUGGUUUUGGACUAAGACAAAGUCUCGCCACUAAAACUGGAUCGCAUCUUGGAGGAUGCUGGCUGGGGGAAAUUCUGGGAGUUGAAGACGGGCAAGUCUUAAAAGUUGCCAAGGUUGGACAAUCCCGUUUUGAACAGGAUAAAACGGCUCGAGAGUUUGCCUUGUGGUCUCCCGCUGCUGAGGGUUUCUUUACUCCAUCCUCCAAAACCCUUGGAGGGGGAGGGGGAUGAGUGCUGUGUGACGUACCUAAUAAAUAAACGAAAACGUAAAAAAAAAAAUUUUUGACGUCCAAAAGAGAGGCUCAACUCAGCAGGGAUUUCCUCUGGUUCCUUUGAGAGCCAACCCAACUUCGGCUGGGAAAAGGCUUCCUCUCCUAGAAGAAGGAGGACUUUGCAAUGACACUCCGUGAUCUUGACUUUGCAGAAUGUGUUAGCCACCGUCAAUCAGAGCCAUCCUUGCCUUGGGGGCUGUCAUUGACAGCCGAGGAAGGCCGUCUGCCCUGUCGGGAAAACGUCUCAAGGAUGGACGAGCAAAACGCAGCUGGCCCAGAAGCCGAAAGGGACCCGGAGACCAUCAAGUCAGGGAGCAGUGGAGAACACUGGGGGAUUCGUCCAGAGGUCCACCGUCAAUGUUUCCGGCAGUUCCAGUACCAGGACGCCAAGGGGCCCCGAGAAGUCUGUAAGAAACUCCACGAUCUUUGCCAUCUGUGGCUCAGACCGGAGCAACAUGCCAAGAACCAGAUUCUGGAUCUCGUCAUCCUGGAGCAGUUCCUAGCUGUCAUUCCUCCGGAGAUGCAGAGGUGGGUCCGGGAAUGUGGAGCCGAGUCCAGCUCCCAAGCCGUAGCCCUGGCUGAGAUCUUCCUCUUGACCCAGGCCGAAGACAAGAAACAAGAACAGGAGUAUGCAGAAUCAGGCCCCAACUUUCCCGAACCGUUCAAGACGUCCUCAGACGCCCGGCAGAGUGCGCUGCGAAGGUGGAUGAAACACGAAAGUGACGGGACUUCCAUCCUGCAAGGAGAUGGAAUGAUGUCGGUGAUACGUGCCCAGUCCACCUCUCUUCUUUGUGGCGGAGGAGACCUAACAGCGGCACAACAGACUCCGGGCACAGUGACAACGGAGGAUGCGGCCGUGCAGGUCACCGAAAGAGAAGGGAUUCUACCAGAUCCUGAGCAGAAAGGCUUCCGCAAGCAAGCCGUGGAGCAAGAUUGUGGACUAAUGGCUGCCUUUGAAGCCGAUAAGUGGGCAGUCGAGAGAAAAGAAGACCCAUCGGUGGGGCUGCCAGAAGGAGAUGGCGUUAAAAAGAGGGAGAAGCAAAGGAGAAAAUCGGUACCGAAUCGGAAAAGGAUGAUGGAGCGGAACGAGGGCCCCGCUUCCCAGAGCAGCAACUUCCAUCAGAAUGCAGUCCAAGAAAAAAUAGAGAAAAUGAAUAUUGCAAAAAUAAGCGAGCCGGCCCGUAAAAGGCAAAGGACGUAUCUGUUCCACAAAGAAUGGGAGGAGCGGUACUGUUUCAUGGACGUGAACGGCAAAUCGGUGUGCCUAAUCUGCUCGUCCACGGUCGCGGUGGCCAAGAAGCACAAUGUCCAGCGGCACUUUGAGAGGAACCAUGGCACCUUCACCAAAAACUACCCCCUCGAUUCCGAGCUUCGCAAAAUGAAAGUGAAAGAGAUGAAGUCCAAGUUUGCCUCCCAGCUGACCGUCUACACCAAACCCGUGGUCCACUCCAAAAACACCACCAUCGCCUCUUUCAAAAUCGCCAGCUUGCUGGUUAAAAGGAACAAGCCCUUCGAGGACGGCGAGCUGCUAAAGGAGGUGUUCCUGACGGCAGCCGACUCGAUUUUCGAAGGCUUCUCCAAUAAGAAAGAGAUCAUGAGCGCCAUACAAAAGCUCCAGUUGUCCGGGAACACCGUUUCCCGCAGGAUCCAAUCCAUCUCCAACGAUCUGGAGUACCAGCUGCAAAGCGACCUGCAGAAGUGCCUCUGGUUUUCCCUGCAGCUGGACGAGUCCACCGACAUCACCGACACAUCCCAGCUGGCCAUGAUCGUCCGGCUGGUCUUUAGCGACCUCGCGGUGAAGGAAGAGCUCCUCAAAAUCCUGUCCUUGAAAGGGAAAACGAGGGGCGAGGAUAUCUUCCUGACGUUCAGGAACUAUGCCGCUGAAACCAACCUCCCGCUCCAUAAACUCUCUUCCAUCACGACCGACGGGGCGCCGGCUAUGGUGGGCGCCAUGGACGGCUUCAUUGCUCACUGCCAGAAGGACGAAACUUUCCCGAAGUUUAUUUCGUAUCACUGCAUUAUCCACCAAGAGGCUCUGUGUGCCAAAGUCCUUCAGUUCAAACACGUCAUGGACGUGGUUACAAAAAUCAUAAACUCCAUCCGCGGCGUCUCUUUGCAGCACCGGCUCUUUAAAGCUCUCCUGAAGGACGUCGACGCGGAAUACGGGGACCUAAUCUUGCACACGGAGGUCCGGUGGCUCAGCAAAGGCAAAGUCCUCGCCAGGUUUCUAACCCUGAGGGAUGAAAUAAAGGCCUUUUUAAAAACUAAAGACCAGUACGUGGAACAGCUGGACGAUCGGUUCUGGUUGGUGGAUUUAGCUUUCUUGGCCGACUUGAUGCAAGAACUCAACAGUUUGAACAUUGAGCUGCAUCGAAACGAUAAGCACCUCUCCGGGAUGAUCUCUUCGGUCCACGCCUUCAAAGGCAAGCUGAGGUUGUGGAAGUCGCACCUGCAGGUGAAGUCCCUCCUUCCCUUCCCCUCCAUGAAGCAAGUGGUUGGGGAAAGCGACUUCAACAACGCGCCGUUUGUGGGCUACCUGGAGACUUUGGAGGAACAGUUCCACGCCCGCUUCCAGCAGUUCAGUGGCAUCGAGCCGGUGGUGUCCUUCUUCGAGAACCCCUUCAGCCCCAUCAAUGUCGCGGAGACGGCCGCGGCCAUCGGGGAGCUGUGCCAGGCCUUGGUGGAAGAGGUCGAGAUGGAGAUUGUGAGCCUUCAGAACGACAUCAUCCUCAAAUCCAACUCGAGUCACGCCAACUUUUGGAACCUGGUGGACGCCCAGAAAUUCCCCGUGUUGAGGAAGACGGCGGCGAAGAUCAAGUCUUACUUUGGGUCCACGUACCAGUGUGAGUCCGUUUUCUCAACAAGGAGAUUUAUCAAGUCAAAGAACAGAACACGGAUGACUGACAAGCAUCUGGAUGACUGUUUGCGAGUGGCAAUCUCUUCCUACACUCCCAAUUACAACCGGCUUGCCGAUGGCAUGCAGUGCCAAGCCUCUCACUAAUCCGGAGCCGUGCUGUGAAACCUUUGGCAACAUGUGGCUGUUUGGCACUCAUCAGCUGCUUGUGUAGAGCAGAUUUCAUGUUGCCAAUUUUUCUAUUUUCUAUUCUGUGUUCCAUCAAACGGUAGAGAUUCUAGACUUAAAUGUAUACCGAUUUAUUUGUACUGUGAAUAUAAUUAUGUACUGGUGGUCUAGGAGUAAUGUUGAGUUAUACACCUACCUGCCCUCUUUACUAUGCAAAUAAAAUACUUUUUUAUAUGUGGAA